AUGAGACUUAGAGGAAAUUCUAAUCCUUGGAUUUCCCCUGAUAUCAAAAAUCUGAUGAGGGUUAGUGACUCUUACAAGAAAAAGGCUGUUAAAAAUAAUUCCCAGAUUCACUGGGAGAAAUUCAAAGAAAUACGUAACAAAGUCAAUUCAGAACUAACUAAAGCUAAAACAGCGUGUUUCUGUAACAAAUUUGAGAACUGCGCACAAUCGAAAGAUAUGAAACAUAGUUGGAAGUUAAUUAAUAUUCUCUUAGGUAAAAAUAAAAAAUCAAAUAAUAUCUCUCAACUUAAAUGUGAUGAUGUUGUGAUUUCAGAUGAUACUCUGAAAGCUGAGGCGUUUAAUGACUUCUUUGUUAACAUCGGGGUAAAUUUGGCUAAUGAAAUUGAGAACGAUUCUCUAUGUACGAACUUUCCAGAUGAUGAAAAUUACCACUCUAACUAUUACUCUAAUAUAAAUUUUAAGUUUUCUGAAAUUGGUAUGGAUGAUAUUAUUUGUCAAUUACGUAAUCUUAAAAUUUCAAAGUCUACCGGUAUUGAUAACAUCCCUGCUAUAGCUCUUAAAUUGUCCGCGGAAGUUAUUGGUCCUUCAUUAACAUGGAUUUAUAAUCUUUCAAUCGAAACUGGGAUAUAUGUUGAUGAAUGGAAAAAGGCGUGGGUAAUGCCAAUUUUUAAAUCUGAUGAUAGAAAAAGAUGUGAAAAUUACCGACUGAUAUCUAUAUUGCCUAUUGUCAGUAAAAUACUAGAGAGAUCGGUUUUCAACCAGAUUUAUAAGUUUUUGAAUGAUAAUUCGCUGCUAUCUAAACAUCAAUCUGGCUUUCGGCCUAAGCAUUCAACUUUAACAACACUCAUUCAAAUGUGUGACACACUUUAUGAGAACAUGGAUAAUGGUCAGCUGAGUGGUGUUGUUUUCCUUGAUAUUAGAAAAGCUUUUGAUUCUAUUGACCAUACAAUCUUAUUGCAAAAGAUGAAUGAUCAAUUUGGAAUAAAAAAUGUGGAACUGGAUUGGUUUAAGUCCUAUCUAACUAAUAGAGAGCAAGCAUGCAUUGUCAACGGUGCAAUGUCAUCACCUAAAACGAUUGUGUGCGGAGUUCCGCAGGGAUCAAUUCUUGGUCUCUUGCUGUUUUUAUUAUAUAUUAAUGAUUUACCCGAAUGCCUCGAAAAAACUUCGCCACACCUAUACGCUGAUGAUACUCAAAUUUCUACUUCUGCUAAAACUAUUGAGGAACUUACAGAAAAUCUAAAUAAUGACCUGAAAAAAGUCGGUGAGUGGCUUGCUCGAAAUAAACUGCAACACCACCCAACUAAGACCAAAUUAAUGUAUAUCGGUUCAAAGUAUAAUACUGAUACUAUGACUUAUGAUAUUCCAGUAAUGAUGAAUAACCAAUUCAUAACUUGCUCAUUCAUACACAUGCCUUGGGGUUAAACUUGAUGAAUACCUUAAUUGGCAUGAGCAUGUUGAAAUGAUUUGUAAGAAAGUUGGGGCCGGCAUAGGAGCAAUGCAACGAAUUAAGCCAUAUGUUCCUAUAAAUACCCUGCAUACCAUUUACAGAGCUUUGAUAGAACCGUAUUUUGAUUAUUGUAGUCCAUUAUGGGACGUCUGUAAUCAACAGCUGAAAGAUAAGCUUCAAAAGUUCCAAAACCGUGCAGCGAGAAUUAUAACCGGCGCCAGCUAUGAAAUAAGGUCUGCUGAUGUUCUUCGAUCCCUUGCUUGGGAAAAUUUAGAGAUAAGACAACUUACAACUAAAUCCACAUUAAUGUAUAAAGUCCUGAAUGAUUGCGCUGGGCCGAACUUGAAGGAUGCUCUAACGAGAAGGGACCUUGUUCAAACCAGUUAUAAUCUUCGCAAUACUUAUACUGACCUUACCCUUGCUAAGCCAAAACGAGAAUUUCUAAAAAGAAGCUUUAAGUAUAGCGGAGCUAAAUUGUGGAAUAGUCUUCCUUCUGAUGCGAAGCUAGCGCAAUCAAUUUAUUCUUUUAAAAACUGCCUGAAAGUUUCACGCUAACAUCUUCUAAUAUACUGUAUAUGCAUGCUUUAGAAAUAUGGGUCACACCGUUCGGAACUUAAUUCUUGUAUUGUAAAUAGUUGUAUAUAAUUCUUUAUUCUUUUCUAUAUCAUAUUUGUAAUUUUUAAUAGUAACAGACGUCCCUCGUGAAAAUCAACAAAUCGUUGACGAGGCUAACGUCUUUAAAUAAAGUUUACAUACAUACAUACAUACAUACAUACGUUACGCCACACGUUACGUUUGAGUUUAUAUAGAAUAUUAAUGAAAAUCGACACGUUACACACGUUACGCCCCAUUCUUAUAAAGGUAGAAUAGGUCUACCUUUAAUAUAUUAGGCGUAACGUGUGUAACGUGUCAGCUUGCUAUAGAUUCUUAUAUAGUGAAAGGCGUAACGUGUGGCGUAACGUGUGCGUAACGUGUUGAAAUUGAGUUCUAUUUAGUUUGUAUGCAUGUAUAAGGUCUUCAAAAUAAUUUUCACGUAGGCUAUUAGUCGUUGAGUUUUCGCAUAGUACUUUUAUUGAAUAUGCAUGCUAGAAGUGUGUACUUAAUAUAUUCGUCACUAUUAAGCAUCUAAAACAGUUAUUGAAGUCAAAAGGCACUGCCAAUAUAAACGGUAUAAAUAGGGAAAAACAUUGUAAUAUAGAAACACUUAAUAAAUUUAAUACUUUAAUCGUUCUCCUCGUUUCUCACUGAUCAUUGCAACACGCUUGUUCAUCGAUAUAAUAAUUCAGUUCAUAGUACUUUUUGACAAAUUCAUCGUCGUGCUUUUAAUUAACUCAUUCGGAAAAUUGUUCAAACUUUUCUGACGUGACCUGCUUGUCAAUGGCAUCUUGUCCUAACUGUACGUUUUGAUACUCAAGCGGGACGCGUUCAAUUUAUGAACUACUUACGGUCAUUUAUGACGUCACGAUGACGUCAUUGUGACGUCACAAUUCUACACACUGUAGGUAAAAUCCUUAGGCACACAUGAAACACAUAGUCACAGCAAGCAAAGGCUGUUAUGCUUCUUAUUUACGGCAAAGCGAAAUAACCGUAUUAAAAUUAUCAUUACUCGACACUACAUAGACUGUCUUAGCAGAGGCCUCAUUGUGUUCACAAACUUAAUUAAAUUUCUGCCAAAAAUUGAACUUAACGCAGUCUCGGGCAAAAUUUUCAUUUUUCGCGCUUUAAGCCCAGUGAUCUAGUUUUCUUGCGAAACUGGCACAAAAAUGGACUCAAAAGACGCAGAAUGGGGGACUGGGUACGAGUAAACAACCGUUUUGAACUGCUUAUUGGAUCCUCUAUGUCUCCUGUUCUAACUUUUCAAUCUGGACUCUGACAUCCAGUUUUUGCAACUUUAAGCAACGCAAUUUUCAACUACGGCUGAAACGGACAGAUUGACGAACGCAAAACAGAAAUUAUCUGGUUUGUUUGGUGGAGGGUCUUUGAGUUUACCCGCAAGAUUCCGCAGGCGGAGCAGAAAGACCUGUCUCUGUACCCACGCGCUGUGAAUGUAAAAUUGUGACGUCACAAUGACGUCAUAAAUGACCGUGAAUAGUUCAUAAAUUGAACGCGUCCCGCUUGAGUAUCAAAACAGUUAGGACAAGAUGCCAUUGACAAGCAGAUCACGUCAGAAAAGUUUGAACAAUUUUCCGAAUGAGUUAAAAGCACGACGAUGAGUUUGUCUGAAAGUACUAUGAACUGAAUUAUUAUAUCGAUGAACAAGCGUGUUGCAAUGAUCAGGGAGAAACGAGGAGAACGAUUAAAGUAUUAAAUUUAUUAAGUGUUUCUAUAUUACAAUGUUUUCCCCUAUUUAUACCGUUUAUAUUGGCAGUGCCUUUUGACUUCAAUAACUGUUUUAGAUGCUUAAUAGUGACGAAUGUAUUAAGUACACACUUCUACCAUGCAUAUUCAAUAAAAGUACUAUGCGAAAACUCAACGACUUAUUGCCUACGUGAAAAUUAUUCUGAAGACCUUAUGCAUGCAUACAAACUAAAUAGAACUCAAUUUCAACACGUUACGCACACGUUACGCACACGUUACGCACACGUUACUCCACACGUUACGCCUUUCACUAUAUAAGAAUCUAUAGCAAGCUGACACGUUACACACGUUACGCCUAAUAUAUUAAAGGUAAACCUAUUCUACCUUUAAAAGAAUGGGGCGUAACGUGUGUAAUGUGUCGGUUUUCAUUAAUAUUCUAUAUAAAGUCAAGCGUAACGUGUGGCGUAACGUGUGUGCAACGUGUGCGUAACGUGUCAUCUAUUCUUAUAUAUUUCAUUGAGAGUAAAUGUGCAAUGAUGGCAGCAUGAAAAAAGUUCAUCCAAAAACACCAGUUCGUCAAAACAGCGUGGGUACGGAGACAGGUCUUUCUGCUCCGCCUGCGGAAUCUUCCGGGUAAACUCAAAGACCCUCCACCAAACAAACCAGAUAAUUUCUGUUUCGCGUUCGUCAAUCUGUCCGUUUCUGCCGUAGUAGAAAAUUGCGUUGCUUAAAGUUGCAAAAAUUGGAUGUCAGAGUCCAGAUUGAAAAGUUAGAACAGGAGACAUAGAGGAUCCAAUAAGCAGUUCAAAACGGUUGUUUACUCGUACCCAGUCCCCCAUUCUGCGUCUUUUGAGUCCAUUUUUGUGCGAGUUUCGCACGAAAACUAGAUCACUGGGCUUAAAGCGCGAAAAAUGAAAAUUUUGGCCGAGACUGCUUUAAGUUCAAAUUUUUGGCAGAAAUUUAAUUAAGUUUGUGAACACAAUGAGGCCUCUGCUAAGACAAUCGCGUGCAAAAAUUCUUGAGACAAGCAGUUUAUUGGCCCUCUCCCUGCUGUAACAAUGCUUCUUGCCCCCCCCCCUUGUGCAAUGUUGUUAAAACGAUUUUGAGGUCAGGGCUUAUCAAAUAAUAUGUUUUCAACAUUGUUAAUGGGGGGAGGGGGGCACGCACGUGAAAAAGAUCACCAAAAUGUGAAGAGUCUCAUUAUUUUUGCACGCGAUUGUAGGUCCUUUCUUAGUUUCACUCAUGGUCGACGAUAUAAAACCUGUGAACCCGGAAGAUAAUUUACUGGUUAAGUUUGCCGAUGAUAUGACCGUUAGCGCUCCCGUCAAAUCAACUGGUGAUUCAGCUACUGCUGAAGUCAACAAUAUCGACAACUGGGCGAAGAAUAACAGUGGACAUUAUGUGAAUCACGCUCGGCCAAUCAGCGCGCUGCGACAUCAUCAUCGCGGGGAGGGGGUCAUAUACUAG